AUGCUACAUUCUGUUACAGUGGAUCCAAGGACAGCCCCCUUCUGUUACACAAUGGUGGCACUCGUGGGUCAAGAGCCUGUGGUGCAGGCUGCCACAGAGGCUAAUGCUCGUGAUUUUAUUUCCAACCUUCCUAAAGGCUACGAAACAAAUGUUGGAGAGAAGGGCACGCAGUUGUCAGGUGGACAGAAACAAAGGGUUGCCAUUGCAAGAGCUCUCAUCCGUAACCCUCGUGUUCUUAUUCUGGAUGAGGCCACUAGUGCUCUGGAUGCAGAAAGUGAACACAGUGUUCAGCAGGCUCUGAACAAUAUCAUGCGGAACCACACAGUGUUGGUGAUCGCCCAUCGGCUCAGCACAGUGGAGAAGGCAGACAACAUUAUUGUAAUUGACAGGGGCCACGUCGCAGAACAGGGAUCUCACAGUCAGCUGAUGGCCAGUGGUGGACUCUACUCUACGCUGGUUCAGAAGCAGGUCCUGGGCAUGGAGACUGGGGCGGAGGUUCUCAAUUCAUCAGAAAAUGGCAACUGGAAGUCAGGUGGAGGACGGCAGCAUAGAGGACAAAGCAGCAGCAGCAGCAGCCUCAGCGAAUCUGAGUGCAAUGUCCGUUACUGAGAAUGGCCUACAGUGUGUGGAUGUGGCACUGGACUGUAAUAAGGUUAAAAAUACUGACUCAAAUCUACAUUUAUGUCUGCAAUUUGUUGGACAAAUACACAAUUUUUGUAGUUUUCCCUCUGUACACCACCACAGUGGAUUUUAAAUCAAUAUGUAAUUGAAGUGCAGACUUUCGGCUUUAAUUCAGGGGCCUUUACAAAAAUCUAGCAUUACAGUUACGUUAUAGGCAUUUCUUUUGCAUAUAGCCCUCCUAUUUUUAGAGGCUCAAAUUUAAACAAACUAACAAAAAUUUAAAUAUAUGGACUUUUUAAUACUUGAAAAUCCUUUGCAGUCAGUGACUGAAGUCUAGAACCCAUGGAUUUGGAUAUCACUAACUGCUGUUUCUUCUCUUGGGAUCCUCUGCCAGGCCUUUGCUGCAGCCUUCAGUUGGUGCUUGUUUGUGGGUCUCUGCUUUCAGUUUUGCCUUCAGUAACUGAGAGGCAUGCACUACUUUGAGAUCAGGUGACUGACCUGGCCAUUGAAGACUAUCCCAUUUCUUUACCUUGAGAAACUCUUGGGUUGCUUUUGCAGUAUGAUUUGGGUCGUCAUUAAAAUUACAGUGAACAUCUACAAAAAUACAAAUUCAACACUUUGAAUCAAUUUCAGAUAUUAUGUCGGCUUCAUUUGUCAUGAAAUAACGAGGGAGCCUCAGCUGGCCAUGAAACAGCUUCUACAGUUACAGAGGUGAAAAC